CAUAGACAUUUAAGACGUUAGUGCGGAUAUAUAUUUAUAUUAUCGUGUCACGACUAACAACGAACCCAUAACAUAAUCAAUAUCUUUCACAAAUCAAUGAGGUAAAACCAACAAAAUCAGGCCCCUACCUAGAGAGAAUGAGCACACAAUUAAAAACCCAAAAGACCCACCACCUAAAAGAAGAUUAAGAAAAAAUCACAUAAACACUAAGAAUGAUUUAACAACAAGACUGUUUUCUUUGAUUAGACCUAAAGUUGAUGGGGGAUUAAUCAUAAUAAUUAUGGAGGCUUAUAUUAAACGUAUUUUUCGCGCUUAAUCCGUGUACUUUAAUAUUUUUCAUCUACAUAAAAAAAAAAAACCCUAGAAUUUCAAUUAAAACACCCCCUUCAUUUUAGCCAGCUAAUUAGCAAACUCAUCACCUUCUUUAUUUCAACAACCACCAUGCAAAAAUCAAAAAUCAAAAACAAACUUUUUAUAAUUAUUAUAAACAUGAUCUAUCUAGUAGUACUUCCGCGAAUUUCCCACGUUUUGACCACUUAUUUCCCAAGAAUAUAAAUUGUAAUUGUCACUGAAUUAAUUAGAUCAAAUUAUUAAACCCCUUUUCUAUUUUUCAACUAGAAAAUAAUCCAAAAAAAAUCAGUCACUAUUAAUAUAGCUAGGUGUUGUCCUAGUAUAUUACACUCUACAUGGCUGACCAAACUGAAUCAUCAAACGUUAACAAACAAUUCAAUCAACAACUGCCACUUCUUUCAGUGUCCAUUCCUCAAACCGAGUCGUAUCAAAAAUCCUCGCUACCACCACCACCACCAUCACAAAAUAUGGUAGGUGCAGGGCCGUCAAUGUCGACGGCCCUGCCUGCUGUAUCCCCCACGGGGAAGCAUCCCUUGUAUAGGGGGAUACGUCCCCGGGGCGGGAAAUGGGUAUCCGAAAUUCGCGAACCAAGGAAAACAACACGGAUAUGGCUCGGCACAUGGCCUACUGCCGAAAUGGCAGCAGCUGCUUAUGACGCUGCUGCCCUCGCUCUUAAAGGGAGCGAGGCGGUUUUGAAUUUUCCUGAUGAUGUACUGAGGUACCCGGUUCCGAACUCGAACUCUCCUGCAGACAUCAGGAAUGCUGCGGCAACUGCCGCAGCAAUGAAGCAGGAGAGAGAGAGAAAGAUUGGGGAUGAAUUGAAGAAUGUUGGAAAAAAAGGAGCAGAAGAGGAGUUCAUAGAUAUGGAGGCAUUGUUUAAUAUGCCGAAUUUGCUUGUGGAUAUGGCGGGAGGAAUGAUGGUUAGCCCGCCUCGAUUAAGCGGGACGGGUGAUCACGACUACGACAUGGGUGAAGAUGAUUGUGAUGUUGGUGAAUCUGGGAGCUUGUGGAAUUAUGAUUAAUUUGGUUGUAGUAAGCAUGGCCUUAUUGCUUGCAGUCUUUUCUGACUAUUUAUGAAACUUCAUUAAGUGAUAGAGUGGCCUUGCUAACACUUUGACUCGGCGUCUCGCGACUCGUUGGCUGACAUAGUAACCACGUCUUCAUCGCUUUUUUUUUUUUUUUUUUUUUUUUUUGGUAAUUUUGAUAUGUUUGUUUCCACUCAAUAUGAGUGUUUCUGGUUUUUUUUUUUUUUUUUUUUUUUUUUUUUUUUUUUUCACCCAUCUGAUCAACUACUAUAUAUGACUGAUCAUGUUGGAUGUAAGUAAAUGUCUACGUAUAGUAAUUCUAAAGUAUGUGGAUGUUAACUAAUGUAUUUGGUUAUUAAACUGUCAAAUGGUAGUAAUGAAUAUUUGAGAUUGAAUAUUAUUGUCUUUUGUGUCUCUUUCUAUAAAAACGUGUAAUGUAUUAUGUGGA